AUGGGGGAUUUGAAUUCAGUUCUAGUAAACGAUGAAUCAAAUGAUAUUGUUUCAACUAAUGCCAACACUAGCCAUGGUUGCCCAAUGGGGCUCGGAUUCGGGGUUAGAAACAUAGUGAAGGCAUUGAGAAACGGCAAUGAAGGAAACUGUUGGAGGAUUCUGAUCGUGGACAUGGUGGAUAUUACACCGGCGCCACCGGUGAAAUAUGAAAAAUCUCCAGUCGGAAAGAAGAAGAAAAAGAAGAAAGCGGAGGAAUUGAUGAAGUCGGAAAACGGGGAUUUCGGUUCCAGAAAGCAGAUGUUGCUACUGAAAUUGAAUUACGAUGUCGUUUUGAAUGCUUGGUCGGAUAGAGGGUCGUCGUUGACGGAGGAAAUUUCGUAG